CAGGGCAGUUUGCUGCAGAGAAUCUGGGAGCUCUGAAGACCUGGAGCCCUGCCUCUGAGUAGCAGAAGCAGCUUAGGAGCUCAUCCAUCUCAGUAAUCCUGCUGGAAAAGGAGCUCCACUCCCUGGGAGCAUGGCACUGCUGGGCUGGGGCUGCAUCAUCUGCGUGCUAGCUGCUGCAGGUACAAUAGCAGAAGCCGUUCAAGUGAUGGUGGAGAGCCCCACGGUGAAUGGGAUUCUGGGCCGGUCAGUUCUCCUGUCCACCUCACUCAACUCAACUCCGCUAAAGUCAUUGCAAUGGUCAGUGAAGAAGGAGGACUCCCAAAAACUGAGGAUUUUAAAAGCUGAAAAUAAAACACAGCCAGAAAUAACACCCACGUUCCUUCAUCGUGUGGAGCUCCUGAAGAAUGGGUCGAUUCUCCUAAGAAACUUGAACUUCUCAGAUCAAGGGGUUUAUAUAGUGACAGUAACAGACUGGGAUGGGAGAGAAGGAACGGGGACCAUUACCCUGACAGUGAGCGCUGCAGUGGUGAUCGAAUCCCUCUCUGCCUCCCCCAAUUCCCCCAGCAUGGGAGACAACGUGACCCUGAGCUGCAGAGUCUCCGUGGGGGGACAGCGCAAUAUCUCCUGGCUCAAGGACGGAGCCCCGCUGCUCAAUAAAACCCUGGCACACCUCGCCCUCCCAACGCUGGAACCCUCACACUGUGGGCUCUACACCUGUCUGGCACAGGAUCCCUUCAGCUCUGACCAGGCUGACUACCGCUUGACUGUCCCAGGCUGUGAAAAUCCUUUCUCUGCUUCGAUUGCCCUGGUUGCCUGUGGAGUUGUGCUUGUUGUCCUCGCUGCCCUGGGUAUAAGACGCUGGUGUAAGAAUCACCUAGGAACCUGCUCUGAAAAUCCAAGGGAAGGAGAACAAGUGGACGUGGUCCAGUCCUCCAGAAGCCACAUGCCAGUGGAUCUGGAAUACGCAGAACUGGAUUUCCAGGACAGAGCCGAGCGGCCAACCCCUCAGCAGCACGCAGCUCCAGAAGAUCUCAGUGUUAUCUACUCACAGUGCCGCUAGUGAAGCCGCUCAUCACAGCAACACGUGCAGCACUGCAGGCAGCAAGGCAUCAGGACAUGCAACUUCACCCGAUUAGUAUUGCAUGCUUUUGCAAAGUGCCUGGGUGCUGUAUGAGUUUGAAUGGUCAUGCACCGUAUCUUCAGCAGACUGGCAGUGCAGCCCUUUCAAGGGACCGUCUCUCUUCGGUUCUGUGACUCGACAGGUGGUUAGCUGGUACAGCUGCUGGACGAUAAAUUGGAAACACCUGCCAUAUGUAGUACACCUCCAUCGCAUGACUACUAGGGCUGCUGCGAUGGGACUUUGUGAAUUCUGUAUUUGUUUUUUUUAAUCCAAAUACAUUUUUUGUUUGUCAUAUAUUAAUGUUUUUUUUUCAUUGUCAUCCCUAUAAAAUAUACUCAGAAAAUGUGUCAUUCAUAAGAGCUUCUUGUUGAAAGGCUUGUCCAGUUUUAUGACUACAUUUCUUUUUUUUAGUUCUGAUCUCUUUUAUCUUCUUUCUUGUUAUCUGCUGUUAUUGAGAUUUGCCUUUUUCUAGUAGGAACCCACAGCAGUCCCUAAAUUGCUAAUACAGUACAUACUGUAGUAUCGUUCACAUUUGAAACAACUACACACUUAUGACUUAUCCAUUCUCUUCACUGUGGGAGACGCAUUAACUAACACAUGCCACAGGUCUGAAAAAACAAGAUCAACUCAUUUUCUGAGUCAAAGACUUCUUCAUUUGAUAUAAUACUGCUAUUUCACACUUUAAACUUCACUUUUAUGCCAACCAUGUGAGACUUAUAAACAGGGCUGGGGUCGAUUCCUGUUUUUCAAAUGCUGUACUAAAAUAAACUUAAUAAAAUCAAUGAUACCCCCUUGUAAAGGGCCCCUAACGAAAAUGUCACCCCAGUUCUUUUAUCAAAGCAUUCGAUCUGGCGC